AUGUUUGACUCUGUUCCCAGUGCGAUUGGCAUUAACACCAGGAAUAGCAAGGACAACAAAAACCACGGCAAGAAGAGCAUUGAUAAAAAUAAUAAUACUCCGUAUCCGUCUGCGUCUGCGUCUGCAUCUGCGUCAACUUCCUCCUUUUCUUCCCCCGGCUCGCAAUGGUAUUACAACCAAAGCUGUGACCAUUUGCCGCCGCCAAUGUCAUCUACCUCCACCGUCCCUGAAUCCCCUGCUGUAGGCCGCUCGCGAUCCUCCACCCGUAGUCCUAUCCGCCUCUCUGUCUUCGGUGCUCGCUCUCGAUCCAAUACUGCCACCUCCAGCUCCUCCUCCUACAAGUCCCCGGCCUCGUCUCUGACCAGCGGCGACUCCGCGUCGCGCAGAUCUUCUCAAGACGGUCGAACCCUUUCCAGUGCCACCUCCCUCGUUUCUGAGAAAGAAGCAAGCACCGCAAAGUCCUUCCUGUCGCGCGGCAGUCGCAUUCUUCGGCGCAAGGGAAGCAAAUUUAGCAUUUCUUCCACCCUAACCCUAGACGAGGAAGACGAAAUGGCCAGAGGAUCUCACUCUGCAUCCCAGAGGAUGGAUGGCGUUGGAAUAUUCCAUCGCAGCCACAGGUCGCGACACAGCGGCACCCGUACGUAUUCCCUAAAACAGAAUAUCUCUGACCCCUUCGAUUUCCAACAUGUUACACACACAAGCCCUAGUCAGCUCCCGCCUAUGGAUAGUUGCCAGCUUGAUGAUAUAGUUACGGAAUUCUCCGUCAUUAGAGCCUCCCAGCGUCCUGGCCACGAGCUGAAGGGAAUCAGGGCUGAAAGCUUACAUUUCCAAAACUUUUCCUCUGACAAUAUCUCCAUCAAAAAUGAUGCCAGCCCGUGCACUUCAGACUCAAGGUCCCAGCACGCCCAUAGCCGCCCUACAUCGUCUGAUGUACGCACCUCACCUACAUCUCCUUCUAGGCUUCAAUCACACCUCAAUUCUCGAUCAGUCGAGAACUUUUCUCGCCCAGUGUCCCGACUGUCGAGGCAACAAUCGCCACCCUCGAUGAUUGCGCCUCCUCGAUCAUCUUCAAAGCUAGCAACACCUGACAUCCCCGAGCCAUCACCUCAAACCAUUGAUGCCCUGCUUGGCCUUCACUCGACCUUCGCGGUCCCAGAGACACUGUACGAUGAUACGCAAGAACAACACUUGCCAAAGCUAGAUCUCCCCAGCGUUUUCCCCGAUGUCGGACAUACUCUCAUUCCCGAUGAUGAUAUGCCAGUAAUGACUCGGUCGCCAUCAAACAUCCUCGCCUUUGAUCUCGCAGAUGUUCCAGAGGAGGACGAGACUGCUAUGUCCCGCAAUAAUGACGCCCGAAACUCUACUAUCGCAACUUCUUCGGAGCCAUUCCGCUUUGGCCAGUCCACUCCUAGAGUCGACUUCGAUAAACCCCUACCGGCAGUACCUUCGCCUAAACAACUUAUACCAGAGCCGCUCGGAUCACCCACGAUCCCAACACUUCAUGGUGACUCUAAUGAAGCUUUUGCACAGAAGAGGUGGAAAUCGAACAAGCGGCGAUCGAUAUUCCAACGCCCUCUGGAUGACUUGUCUUGGGAGGACGACAUCGAUUAUUGCUAUGAGCAUGCUGCGGAGUCCAAUUCGAAUUUCGAUUGGCGACGCACCUCGUUUGAAGAGGUGGAAAUGAAGUCGAAACUCGAGAGGCUGACUAUUCAUGCAAGCUCCGCGGCUGACCCUGACACGCCAAUUGCAAUCCAGAAUCAAGGCAGCCGUGAGGGAUCAGAACACAGCGACCAGAACACCAUCAAUGCCAGCUCCUUUUCAGCACCAUCGUUCACAACCCCAAAUUAUGAUGUUACCCCAAUGACUUCGACAAGUCCUCUCCCGUGUGUUCAAAUUGAUACGUUGUCACAGGCUGAUUACUUCAGAGACGAGCAUGUUCCCAUCUUGUCUUCGCCAUUUGGAGAUGACAUUGUCUCAAGUCAAGCCUACCAUGGAUUGAUUCCUAUCGACCAAAAAGUCGACGAAAAUUAUCCAUUGUAUGCCCAUGUCCAGGUGGACGAGCCCUUCGAUUCUCCUCGCGGCAGUUGCUCCGAAAUUAGCAAGUGCAACUCAGAGGAAAGCAUUAUCCUGUCCCGCGCAGCAUCGGUCGCACGAAAGCAUCGCUCUUCGCUAUCCACAACGAGUGUUCCCGAAUUAGUGCAUAGCUCCAACUGCAGCCACUCGGCCUUGGACCGCGACUCCGUGUGCUCUGCCGGCGAACAACACCCACAGCAGCAGACAAAGGAAACCCUGCCCGCACCCACGCUUUCCCCCGUCCCCCGCCCACGCCCAAUCACCACACAUCAACGAAGCAAGAGUCUAGCGCGCGAGCUGACCCAGCGAUCAAACCCCAGCAUCUCUCCAAAUUCCAUCGAUAGCUAUACCUCCGGCAUCUCGUCUGCCCCAACAAUGCCGUACCACGAUCGUGCCAAGUCUGUAUCCGCCCUGGACCUGCGCCAGCCUACGUCCCCUGUAAAGUCUAAAGCCCCCGAGCCCCGAAAGCGAUCUGCCACCAUCACCCGUGGGUCCAGCGGUCGGAGGGCUCGGAAGUCAUACUCGCUUUUCCCUACUGCAGCUGCGGCAGCUCCCGCGCCCGUCGCCCCUGCAUCGCGGUGA